AUGGCUGCUAGGCCGCCGACUAGCGCUGGUCCUCGCCCGCUCGGCAUCGCAGGACCAGCCGGCUACGGCCAGUCGUGCACAAACUGCUCCCGCGCAAAAUGCAAAUGCAUCUUGCGUGCAGAAGGCGGCGCAUGCGAGAGAUGCCAUCGUCUUGGAAAGGAUUGCCAGCAAAUGGUGACAGCGAGAAAGCGCACCGUCCGAAGAACGGCGACAUCGCGAACCGCACAGCUUGAGGAGAAGCUUGACGACCUCGUUUCUAUCCUCAAGGGAGGGCACCAGCCAGGAACGUACGAGAGCAUGAUGUUUACAGGCACACCGGACUCGACAAAGAACGGCAUCUCAAGCACCACGGCUGCCUUGGACUCCCUGGCUGCGGCCGCCACCAACCACCGCCAGGUCAAUGUCUUCUCGUCGUCUGAGGACUCGGAAAACUCAAGCCGCAGUCAAUCGGUGCAGGUCAUGGAACCAAGUGCUGAAGAGGCCCAGACAUUGCUCAAUCGCUUUCGCGGGUGGCUGCCAAACUUCCCCUUUAUGCAUCUACCUGCAGACGUCACGCCGUAUAACAUGCAAGAGGAGCGGCCGUUUCUGUGGCUGUGUAUCCGAAGCAUUACGUCGACAUCGGGAAUGCAGCAGCGUGCAAUGGCAGAUAAGAUUCGCCGCGAGCUGGCGGAGAGGAUUGUGGUGAAUUCAGAACGAAGCAUGGACUUGCUGCUGGGCAUCAUCACUGUGCUGGCGUGGGCUACGCUGAAUACAGGGCCUCGCAUGAAGCCUUUUCUUAUUUUGUACUCACAGCUCGCGGAGACGGUUAUUUUCGAUCUCGGCCUGCUACGCUUCCCUAACGAGGAGCACGUGUCCGCCAUGGGCAAAGUGUGGGCGAGAAAACUAACAGAUAUCCGCGAGCGAACGUAUGAGGAAAAACGAGCCGCUAUUGCUCUGUGGUUCCUUACAUCCAUAUGCAACGCAUUUACAGGCAAAGUGGAAACGCUCGCGUGGACGCCACACUUGGAACACUGCCUCAAAUCGCUUGAGCGAGCAGAAGAAUACGUCGGCGAUGGGAUUCUCGCUCUCUUUGUGAGAAUCCAGCAAAUCUCCGACGAAGCCAACAAAUGUCUGGUGCAAGACCUUCUCUGGAGCGGCACCGAGCCCCGCGAAACGCCCACCUACCUACACAAGGCACGCCUACUCGACGGCAUCAAGCACGUCCGUGAAAUUGGCGCGUCUAAAUUCCCACUAAGCUACACCCUGACGUCACAUUUGCUGUCGGCAGAAGCGCACAUCCAUGUCAUCGGGCUCUUCUCGAACCAGCCCAUGCCAGACGAGCGCCGCGUCGAGGGCAUGUACCAGUGCCUACAGUCUAUCCGGCUGUGGUACGACGCCUUCUUCGAGCGCCCGAUCCACGAGAUCCCCGCGCUGCCCUUCUCCAUCUACAUAUCGCUGUCGGUCAUGCAGGUCAUGCUGUACCGCCUGACGGUGCUGGAGCACCCGAUGUGGGACAAGAAUGUGGUGCGCAACACAGCAGAUGUGCUUGAGAUUCUCGACCGCAUUACAGAGGUUUUCCAGCAAGUGCCCAACUUGUAUCCCGUCGUGAAUGACACGGACGGAUCGAAUCUGUACAUCCACGGCGCACGACAUCUCAAGGCGCUGCGCGCAACGUGGGCGCCCACGCUCACAAACCACAUGGGCAGCUUACCUACGCCCAAUAGUCAGCAGGCCAUGUCCAUGUCGCCGUCGCAGGCGCAGGUUACGAUGAGCAUGAACCCUGCCGGGCUUAUCGAUCAGAGCCAGGGGGCUGCUGACUUCCAGGAUAUGGCGUGGAUUGCGGACAUUUUUGGGCCGUGGGAAAUGUAAACGAGGCGAGAUGAACGAACUAGCGGCGUUUUCUUUUUAUUUUUCAAGGUGUUGGCUAGGCUGGGGUAAAUGGCGUAUGUGGGUUGUAUAGAUACUCUUUUGACGGCACCGUUUUUAUCAGGGUAAAUUAGCAUUUGUAUGAGAUUUGAAUUUCCUUC